GUUUCGAACAGAAACGGAGUAAAGGUGACACUUUAGGAAUAAAGCAGACACUCAUCCAAACAAAAAUCCAUAAAAUGAGAAAUCAUAUAGCAAAAUUUUUCGUACUCGUCAUUGUUACUGUUGCUUUAGCUAAGGAUUUUUAUGACGACAUCUACUCCAUCAUUGAUGAUGAUCUAGAAAUUGGGGUUGAGUUUACGAAUUAUAAGUGUAACAAAAUGCAUUGCCCUUUAGGAACUGAUCACUGUCAACUUGAAAAAUAUACAGAUACUGAGAACCCAUCAAAUUUAAUACGAAACACUACUUGUUUUUCAAAAACUGGCUCUAUUUUAAAAUCAAACAUUGAGAGUUCUAAAAACAAAAAACAUACAAGAAAAUCUACAUAACACUUUACAAACUAUUCAGGAAAAUAUAAGGGCCAUGAAUAAGCAACUACAACAUCAACUCCAGUCUUUGAAUAAUUUGAAAAUAUAUGCUAAUGGACUAUAGAUAAUAUUUUAUAAUAUUUUAUAUAUACAUAUAUAA